CCUCCGCCCCUUUUCUAUCAGUCUCGCUCGGCGAAGCUAGUUCCGUGUUCUACUACUUUAUUAUUACAACAUCAUUCACUCUCAUAACCCACCGUGAGAAUUAUAUAGUAGUGGAUUUACAUCAGAUCCUCAUGACCAUGACCUCUUGAAAAUAAAAUAAAAAGGUGCAGAAGUCCUACAGAACCAGGGGAAGGUUACAAUGAAGCACCCUUGAGCUUCCAUUCGGGAGAAUGUAUUUUUCACAAGGUGAAGAUUUGCUUGAAAUGAGACCGAUGCGGGGAGCAUCCCAGCUGUGCAUUGUAGCACAGCAGCUCCUGUGAGCAAGACUGGACCAUCACCUCCCGUCUCCACGGUCCUGUCAACCUCGCCUGUCCUAGAAAUGGCUACUCAGAGGAAGCACCUGGUCAGAGAUUUUAACCACUACAUCACCUGCUAUGUUUGUAAAGGAUACUUAAUCAAGCCCACCACAGUGACUGAGUGCCUCCACACUUUUUGCAAACGCUGCAUCGUCCAACACUUUGAAGACAGCAAUGACUGUCCCAAAUGUGGCAUCCAAGUUCAUGAAACAAAUCCGUUAGAAAUGCUAAGGCUGGACAACACCUUGGAAGAGAUCAUAUUUAAACUUGUGCCUGGACUCAGAGAAAAGGAGCAACAACAGGAAAUAGAAUUCUGGAGGAAGACCAAAUCAAGAGAAAAUGGAGGAGAUGACACUCCAAGAGCAAAGAGAGCCCGAAUGGACGAUGAAGAUGAGGAAGAUGGAGACCACGAUCACCACAGAAGUGACCCCCAGAUAGCUAUCUGCCUUGACUGCUUAAGAAACAGCAGUCAGUCGGCAGAAAACAUAGUGAAGUCUGAGUUUCUACCCAACCUUGAGAAAACGAUCUUGUUUCAAUUCCCGCUCCAGGGUUUAAUGAAGAAAUUUAUACGCUGCUCCUCUCGAGUGACGGUUGGAACAAUAAAGAAGUUUCUUAGUCUGAAGUUAAAGCUUCCAACUUCUUAUGAGCUGGAUGUACUAUGCAACGGUGAGAUCAUGGGGAAAGAUCAUACUAUGGAAUUUAUCUAUAUGACAAGAUGGAGACUUCGGGGUGAAAGUUCUUACCCAAUGGUACUACAGUAUCGACCGCGGAUUGACUUUGGUUAGACCAGAGGGAGACAGAGUGAACCUGCACUAAAGUAAACCCAUCGACAGAUUGCACAAUGAAUGGAUGUGCCUGGACAAGGGACACAGAUGCUUCUGUUUCUUUUCCGCAUGCAAAUAGAUGUCUAACCUGUUUGAUUUCUUUAAGUCUGUUUUAUGUUUUAAUUUGACAACUAAUUAAUGUGUGCCAAUCUUGCUCCUUCAACGUCCUACCUAGAGUAAUUGUAGCACUUGGCAUGGGUUUUUCGUAGUCCAGAAACUAAUGUAACAACUGAACUGUUUCACUGCUUUUAAUUUGAAUACAACAAGCAUAUCUGUUGCACUGCCGUGACACAGUGUACAGAUCUGUGAAAGUAAUGAUUCAGUUUGCUGUUGUACGAGUAAGUUGGACCCACUGGAGAAAAUCCAAAUAGAACUGAUACCUUCAGGUUGUUCAACGGAAUGCUUUCUGGCUUGGAUACGCUUAUAAGUUAUAAGGUAUCAAUAUAUUGGUCAAAAUACAUUGGUUAUGAAAAUAGCAAGUGAAUUGAACUUAGAGGUGUUUAUGGGAAGUCUUGAGAUUUGUAACAGUUAAAGCAGGCUACUAAUCUGUAUUUUACAAUCCCAAAGGUUUAUAAAUGUGUUCUUAGUUAGAAGUAGAUAUUUUUUUCAGUCAAGUGUGUAGCUGAACUCUUGUAAACAAUCUAAAAGAAAUGCUUAAAAAUGGAUUCAGAAUAUAUGUUGGUGGUGGUGGCGGUGAUGAUUAGAGAAGAACCGUUUUGAAUUUUGAAUACCAAACGGAUGAUCUGAAGAUUCCUAAUAAGCUAAUUUCAUCCACCCAACACUUUUUUGAUUAUUGUGGACAGAUUAUAUAGGCCCUGUUUUUAAGGGUCAUGGCCACUUUCUUAGUUAUUAAUGUCAGGAUGUCAGAGAGUUGUUUUUAUUCAUAGAGUAAUUGGUGGUAUUUCCCAUUGUAAAUGUCAUACUGCAAGAGAUUUGUACAUCUUUUAUCAUUCCUUCCUUUAAUUCCCUAUGCAUUCUUAACUGUAGUCACUGUGUGUAGAGUGGCGCCAAUUAAAAUAUAAUUUACAUAUGCCUUGGAUAAACCAUAUAGUAAUGCACACUGAUUAAGCAAAAUAAAUUGAUAAUGGCUUCAACUGUGAGUUGGACCACAUACUGUAGCCCCCAACGCAUUGGACGCAGUGGUCCAGAGUUAAAGGAUACUAAAGGUUUCACACAACUUAUAUAGGGCUAGUGGAUCACAUGACACGUCAUAUGACCACAUACAUUUUCAUGCAUUGUAGGGGGUUUUGAAUUUUACUUACAUUAUCUACAUUUUUGGACAAACUGAUAGAUAGCAAGAGGUUGACACAAGCCAGAGCUUGAGAGAGGACACAAUUGAACUUGUAUAGAAACGAAAUGUGGCUCUAUGAGAUGAAUAGUCUUUUACAGAAUUUAGUUUAUUUAACAAAAUUUAUUCUGGCUACUUACAAGAGAUCAUAUUCUGAUCACAGCCAGUUGAACAGAAGAAGAGUCAGAGGGUGCAAGGGCUUAUCGACUGCAGGAUAAUCUGAUUCACAGUUUCUGACAUUUCUGAACCUCUAAUUCGGUACCAUUUGUGUACUGUACGUACAGGAUGCAAUCCACAGCUUUUUAGUUUCAGCACAGGACUCAAACUGAGUGCUGUGAGAGAACAGAACCAAUGCAA